CCCGGACCCGCCAUUUGCGAUUCGUUGUCCGUUGGAACGACGCGAGGAGGUGGGAGGACUCCUUGGCGGGUUCCUUCUUCCCUCCCGGCUCGUUCGAUCGAUCCCCUUCUCCUCUUCCUCCUUCUGCUCCUCCUUCCUCAUUCAAACUCUAACCCUAGGUGUAGAGACUGUUCCCUUUCCAAGUAAAUGGAUCUCUCCGAGAAAUCUCGUCAAUCGCGGCUCCCGAGUUUCCUCUAUUCCCCGUCGGCUACCAGGACCCUCGGCCUCCAGAGGGUCUUGAGCAGGAACCCUAGCUCGCCUUCACCUCCGCCGUCGAAUGGCGCCUCAUCGCCCGGAUCUUUCCUCAUCCAGGCUCCAAGAGAGCCGGGGAAGAUUGAAAUGUACUCGCCGAUGUUCUACGCCGCCUGCACCGCAGGCGGGAUCGCCAGCUGUGGCCUCACCCACAUGGCCGUUACGCCACUCGAUCUCGUCAAGUGCAACAUGCAGAUUGACCCAUCUAAGUACAAGAGCAUCACAUCAGGAUUUGGUGUCUUGCUUAGAGAGCAGGGACCGAGAGGUUUCUUCAGGGGCUGGGUGCCAACCCUGCUUGGGUACAGCGCCCAGGGGGCAUGCAAAUUCGGGUUCUAUGAAUUCUUCAAGAAGUACUACUCAGAUAUUGCUGGACCUGAGUAUGCUGCCAAGUACAAGACCUUGAUCUACCUUGCUGGUUCUGCUUCUGCUGAAGUGAUUGCUGAUGUUGCUCUCUGCCCCAUGGAGGCUGUGAAGGUGCGAGUCCAGACACAGCCAGGGUUUGCCAGGGGUUUAAGUGAUGGAUUUCCAAAGUUUGUCAAAUCUGAAGGCUAUCUGGGAUUGUAUAAAGGUUUAGUUCCACUUUGGGGGCGUCAGAUUCCUUAUACUAUGAUGAAAUUUGCAUCUUUUGAAACUAUUGUCGAGUUAAUCUACAAAUAUUCAAUUCCCACUCCAAAGGACCAGUGCAGCAAGCCCCUCCAGCUGACAGUGAGCUUUGCUGGAGGUUACAUCGCUGGAGUCUUUUGUGCUGUUGUGUCUCACCCUGCGGAUAACCUUGUCUCAUUCCUUAACAAUGCUAAGGGUGCAACUGUUGGUGAUGCUGUGAAGAAGCUUGGGCUGUGGGGCCUUUUCACCCGUGGGCUUCCUCUUCGUAUUGUUAUGAUUGGUACCCUGACUGGGGCACAAUGGGGAAUUUAUGAUGCUUUCAAAGUCUUUGUUGGCCUGCCAACCACAGGUGGAGUUGCUCCUGCUGCAGCCACGCCAGAGCUUGCACAGUUGAAAGCUAGUGCAUAAUUUUCUAGAGAUAAAUCAUAACAGAUUUCUGACAUUAAUUUUCUCAUUUUGGACGGCAGUGUGAUAUUUGCCCUGAAGCAAUGCAUUGUUUGUUUUCAUAUUUUUGGGGAUGGUUUUGACUGCAUCCCUUUGGCUUGCUAGACUUGUUAAACAGGUCAAGAUAGAAUUUGGCAUCAUAGCAAAUGAAAGCUUAUUGUUAAAUAAAACCUUUGGUCUCAGUUCUUAUCCUCCAGACAUUCGGGAAGGAUUUCAUAAUAAAUUCUUGUCCCAAAAUUGUUGUUA